CCAUGGACGAGUCUGGAUCGUAUUCCUGCUCGAACAGCAAGUUCAGUUACAUAUUGUUAAUAUUUUUGUUAUUUCAAGAAUCAGCAAAUUUGUCCUGCUCUUCACCAUCUAACAAGUGAAUUACUAGUUAGUGUGGUUAAGAUAGUGAUGAGUCAUUAACGGACUAGUCCCAGCAUGUCCAUGUCAAAGUUUUGUAGCAUUUAAUCAGCUGUUCCAGUCCUGUUGCGUGCCGCUGAGUCAGCCGGCCUGCCUCUGAUAGGCCGGCUUGACUUGACAGCGUGUACUCACGCUCCAGUCUAGCCCUGACAUGUCCCGGAGGCACUAUAAGAGCGAGGGCUGAGCCGGCCUCAGCUCUCUGACUGCUCUGCACGAUCGGCACUUUAAACUCUUUGCACUGACACACAUGGAGCACUGACAAAAAACCGAUUGUCCACACGGCAACGGAAGACACAACAUGGAAACCUCUGAUGACAAUAGAAUUGUUCGUCCCAAACCGGGAUUAUCCACUUUGCUCAAACUGGCGGGCGCCACCAAAGAUGUUCUCUCCUUGAAAGAGGUGAUUUUCUACCUGGGCCAGUACAUCUUGCAGAGGCAGCUGUACGAUAAGCAGCAGCAGCACAUCGUUCAUUGCGCUCAAGAUGCGCUGGGAAGCGUCCUGGGGGUGGAGAGCUUCUCGGUCAAAGAACCUCGGAUUCUGCUCGCCAUGCUCAAGGAGAACUUUGUGACGGUGCCGAGCCAAGAGUCACCGCAAAGCUUCGCCGAAGCCGCCGGCGGCAGCGGCCGCGCUCGACAAGCCGCGCAGGAGCCGGCGGCGGGAAGCGACGCUUCGUCUCCCGUCGUCAGACGACGCCGGCGAAGGCGCACGAGGAGCUCCAGGAGCAACGACGCCGGUCCCUCUAGCAACUUACCGGGCAAAGACGACGACGCGUCCGACGCCGACGACGACGAGGGCCACUCCGUGAAAAGGGGGCGAUCGGACAGCUACUCCGUUACUUUUGACGACAGCCUCUCCUGGUAUGUGAUCGGUGGAUUAGGAAACGGGAGGGACAGACACAACAGCCAGUCAGAGACGCAGAGUAUUGCCGCCGCUUCCGACGCAACAGCCAGCGCACUCGCCGAUUCGGACAGCGACAUCUUCAGCGUAGAAUUUGAGCUGGAGUCCACAGACACGGACGACUACGACGAAGACGACGCCUCUCUGUCGGCCGACGAUCAGGUGUACGAGUUCACCUUCUUGGAAGAUGAAGACUCGUUUGAUGAAGACACAGAGAUCACCGAAGCCGACUACUGGCGCUGCACCGAGUGCGCCGAGCUGAACCCGCCUCUUCCGAGCAACUGCAUGCGCUGCUGGUGUCUGCGGCGGGAUUGGCUGCGCCAGAGCUCCCGUGGCGCCGAGCCGCCGGCGUGCGCAGACGCUCCCGGUCCCGACACCGAGGACGGCGUGGACGUGCCGGACGGCGCGGGGGUCGGGCGCGAGUCUCAGAGCCUCGCGGAUUCGCAGGACACGGCGGCGAGCCCGACCCCCUCGUGCGGCUCGUCCUCCUCGCAGGAGCGGUCGUGGGCCGUCGACUCGCAGCCGUCGUCCGCCGUGGACAGCCAGGAGCGGGAACGGGCCGCGCCCGAGCUGGAGCGCGCCGUCUCGGCCGAGACGUGCACGGAACCUUGCCUGAUCUGCCAGUCGCGCCCCAAGGACGGCUGCAUCGUCCACGGCAAGACGGGCCACCUGAUGUCGUGCUACGCCUGCGCCCGCAAGCUAAAGAAGCGCAACAAGCUGUGCCCCGUGUGCCGCAUGCCCAUUCAGGCCGUGGUACUCACCUACUUCAGCUGAGCGGCUCCUUCGUCCGUUGACGCGUUAACGUUCGCCUACCUCAGCUGUUCCCCGGGGUCGGAAUGUCGCAGACCCUGUCGAGUGCCUUCGCGCCAUCGUUGGAAAAAUCAACAGACUGUUCAGUUCAGCAGCUAUAAGCCAAACAAAGCAGUUCUGCUCCUUUUGUGCCCCAGACGUUGGCAAUCUAUGUUAUUUAUUUCUGCACAAGUACACUUUGUUGUUAAAAAAAAGUAAUUCGAUUGUUGUGGUUAAUAAACAUGUUGUGUUCAUUAUA